AUGGCCGAGGAAAACGGACGGCUACUUCCGGAUGAUGCCUCUUUAGCGGCCGAAGCAGAGACAUUGACAGAUGCUCCGCCCCUCAUGUCAAAUGCAGUGUGUUCAAACACCUUUGCUGACUCUCAAAAACAGUCCGAGCUUGAUAGACCUGAUACAAGCGGUGGAAUCGAUUCAUCCAUCACAGUCACAGAUUUCUCUCCGCAGUCUUCUCUGCCAAGUACUUCUUCCAAGAUUGUCAACAUAAGAGUCAAACAAACAGACGGCGUAAGCGCAUCUGCUCCACCAUCACCAGCGCGCUGUCCCAGAGCGUUACGUCAUUUAGGGAACCACAAUUCCGUAGAAAAUAAAAAAGAGACCGACAGAGAACAAUGUCUUAUUAUUCAGGGGCUCCCUGAAUCAAGUACAAUUACUCCCAAGGAGCGAAUUUCGGAAGACCUAUCACUCUUCCAAGGUCUUCUCAAUAAUAUUUUGGAACCCACGGAGGCUGUUGAAGUGAUCAAAGACUUCCGCCUUGGAAAACGAGCAGAUAAUCCAUCAAUGUCCACUCGUCCUCGGCCUCUUAAAGUUGUGCUGACCCGCAGCGACCAAGCCAGUCUCAUUUACUCCCGGCGAUUCAGGAUUAAAGGCUCCAACCCAGGUGUUUUUUUUCAAUCGGACUACUCGUCAGCCGAACGGCUCAAACGUCGUCAGCUAGUUCUAGAACUAAGAAAGAGGCUCAGCGAGGGGGAGAACAAUUUAGUAAUAUACAACGACCAAGUACGGCGGCGUCCGUCACCCCUCCUUUGGACAGGGCCUGUCCGAAUGACCGCGCAGCCGACAUAUUAAGUGAAGGCGCUAACCUAAAUGUAACCACAUCUUCCGUCAGCCGGAAAUUGAAAUUCUUGUACACCAACGUGCAGAGUUUGCUAUCAAAGUUCGACGAGCUGAAGAUCCACCUCUGCGACCUAUCCCCUGACGUAAUCUCUCUAACAGAAACCUGGUUGACCUGGACGACCGUGAGCUGGCCUUGCCUGGCUACCAGGUGUUUAGAAGGGAUAGGGAAGGGCGUCAGGGAGGAGGCGUACUCACGUAUGUAAAAAAUGGGCUAAAUGUAUCAGACAAGACCGAUAACUUUUCGUGCAGUUCCGAGGCAAUCUGGUUGUCUAUUAAAGUGCCGAGCUCGCCUAGCCUCGAUGUCCGAGACGGGACAACAUGGCCGACGCUCGCCUGCUGGAGGAGCUCGAAAAGUUCGCUACGCGGCCGGAUAUCCUAAUCAUGGGCGACUUUAACGCGCAUCAUAUUGACUGGAGCUCAACCCAUGCAAAUAGCUCAGAACAGACCUUCGAUAGGAGUUUUCUGAACACGGCACUGAAACUAUUUCUCACUCAACAUUUCAUGUUACCAACUAGAGUACGCGAAGGCCAACAAGCCAACUGCCUUGAUCUUGUCCCUACGAAGUCACAGGACAGCAUUGAUGAGGUGUCAUGCCUACCCCCCUUAGGUAAAAGUGACCCCGUCGUUCUUCUAUGGGAUUACUCGCUUUUUUCCAUGCCCAAGAAACCCGGGACAGUUAGAAGAAACCUUUGGCGCGGGGAUUUCGACCAACUGAGGGUUGAAAUUUCACGCAUUGAGUGGGAGUCCAUAUUUGUUGGGAGCAUACUCGAAGACUGGCAACGGUUCCGAGAAAUUCUGCACGAGCUGAUCGUAAACCGCUGUCCGCUUUCACGGAAGAGGUUAACUAACAGACCUCGAUGGCUUACGCAAGCCUUGAAGAAUGAAGUGAAUAAAAAACGACGGCUGUGGAUAAAAUCGCUUUCUGACUGGAGCCCCACAUCUAUAUGCGCGUACAAAAUUCAAAGAAAUCGAGUCAAGGGUCUUAUCCUCAAAACCAGAAAGGAAUUCGAACGGGAUCUGCUUAACCGUGCCGCGGAGAACCCUAAAUUAUUCUACGGUUGCAUUAGGCAGUGCACGCGGAACAAGGACCCAAUACCCCUGCUAAGGACUGCUGAAGGCGAACAUCUCACUGACGACAGGGCGAAAGCAGAUCACCUUUCAGAAUUUUUUCGGUCUGUUUUUAGUAGCGAAACAGGAUUCAACCCUUCGGCCCCUCAAUCCUUCGAAGACACCCCAAUUAUAGAGACCGUCCAGUUCACUGAGGGUAUGGUUCUGACGGAGUUGAUGAGGCUAAAAGAAUCCAAAUCACCAGGUCCCGAUGAGAUUCCGGCGAAGAUUUUGAAGGAACUCGCCGGUGAGUUGUCUAAGCCACUCUUCAUGCUUUUCCAUACAUCCUUCAAGACCGGAUAUCUGCCACUCGACUGGACGUCGGCGUGGAUUACGCCGCUGUACAAGGGCGGAAGUCGGGUCUCUGCGAACAAUUACAGACCGGUCAGCCUCACCUCCAUUUGCUGUAAGAUUAUGGAGAAGAUAAUAAAGCACGUAAAAUUAAUCCAAUCAUUUUUAACGUUUUUGAGGAUUUUUUUUCACCCCUCAAUUAUCAUGUUUCUCAAUGGACUAAUAAUUCAGAAACUAUGAAUUGCAUUUUGUAAAGAUUCGGCCUACCUCGUCUUAAACUCGCAUGUAGAUUUAUUUUAACUUGCUUUGAUGGGACCCCGACGGAUCUUUAAUAAAAAUUAUCUAUCUAUCUAAUGCAGUUCCUUGAACAAAACCAUUUGCUUUCCGAUUCUCAGCAUGGAUUCCGAAAAGGCAGAUCCUGUGUGACAAACCUGCACUACUGUCUGGAAUACUGGACUAGGGCUGUUGAUAGAGGAGAUAUGGUGCAUGCCAUCUAUAUCGACUUUAAAAAGGCCUUCGAUAGUGUGCCUCACCACCGCCUUCUAUAUAAACUUAACCGUGCGGGAGUGCGAGGUAAGCUUCUGAUGUGGAUUCGUAGCUUUUUAAUCGGCCGCUCUCAAGCCGUCCACGUCGGUGACCAACAAUCUGCCGAGGUUGCCGUUAAGAAUGGUGUUCCCCAAGGCUCUGUUCUUGGCCCUACACUGUUCCUCGUAUACGUCAAUGACUGCGCAAACGAACUGAAUUGCGAUGUCGCAAUGUUUGCCGAUGACAUAAAGAUCUGGAGUACCAUACAAAACGAAGUUGACGAGGCGCGACUGCAGACAAAUCUGGACCACCUCGAGCAAUGGUCGAAAGACUGGCUUCUACUGUUUAACGUAAACAAGUGUAAUUUCCUACGCGUCGGCAGAACCAGUUCCCCUAACCACACGGUUUACCGUCUGACUGGCAAAUCACUGCAAGAAGUCGACGCACAGAAGGACUUGGUUGUAUGGAUCACAACCUCGCUCAAGCUUUCGCUGCAAUGUUCAAAGAUGGCCAAGUCGGCGAUGUCCAUGCUAUACCUUGUCAAACGGGCGUUCUCCUCCUUUGAUGAAGAUUGCUUCGCCAAGUUCUUUCAAACUUUUGUGCGACCGCAUCAGGAGUUUGCUAUUCAAGCAUGGCGACCCUGGACCGCUAAAGACUUGGGCAUACUCGAAAAAGUUCAACGGCGAGCAACGAAACUUGUAUCUGGGCAGUGGUCACUACCCUACGAAACACGAUUAGCUAAUCUUGACAUCUUUCCUUUGAGUUACAGACAGCUACGUGGGGACCUGAUACAAGCUUUCCGCAUCGUGCGCAAUCAGGGCUGCUGCCUCGCGUUUGGAGACUUCUUCGAGUUGGCGACUACGACUAACCUGAGAGGCCAUCCACUCAAACUGCGUGUGGCUGGUGCCCGGCUAGACACACGAAAGUUCUUCUUCUCCAACAGAGUGGUUGCAGCUUGGAAUGCCUUGCCUGAGGAUGUUGUUAUGUCGGGUUCGGUAGAUACUUUUAAAUGGAGACUAGAUCAGCAUCGUAGCGCGCACCACAAUAACGCCGGACUACGGCCACCUUGA